AUGGCCUCUCUGCACUCCAUUCUACCUGUGGUCGAAUCCGACGUCCCCCUUCUCGGCGAGUUACUCUUCCAGUCCAAACUCCAGUUGACCAUAAACCGGCUCCUGUGGAAUGAUUGGCCAAAUGAAGCUGCCCAACGGCCGCAAUAUGCAAGGGCCGUGAGAGGAGGUUUCAACGACGAUUCUGUCGAGAACCUGAAAGUCGUCGACAACAAAACCGGAGAAAUCAUCGGAUUUCUUGGCCUGAGUAGGAAGAGGCCGGCAAAAACCAAGCAAGCGCAGCCAGGACCUGGUGAUCAGGGAAAUGUACCAGCUCAUUUCAAUCCAGAUGUCCUUGCGGCGGUCAAUGUCGCUGUGAGCAAAUGUACCGAGGGCCGGGAUGCAAUCGACCAUUAUGGUGUGUUGACAACCUGA